AUGGAUACUGCUCAAAACGACGAGGUUGAUUUCUCAGGGAACACUUUCGUUAUUCGGCCGAAUUUCAAACACAAAUUCCGACCAGUAGCAGUUAGGGAAGUGAUUAAUUCAGUUCUCUCAAAGAAUCUAACUGACAAAACAUAUAACGCGGAAGAAGUUGCCGAUCUUACGAAGACGCUCUCAGAAAGUAUCAAGGAAGCAGUCAAGGAGCUGGGAUAUGAUCGGUACCGACUGUUGGUCCAGGUAGUCAUUGGGGAACAGAAAGGAGAAGGUGUGAAAAUGGGCUGCAGAUGCUUCUGGGACGCUGACACGGACAAUUAUGCCCAGGACACAUUUAUGAACGACUCGCUCUUUUGUGUAGCGGCAGUUUUUGGACUUUUCUAUUACUAG